UGGAAAAUGGAGGCUUUUGAGAAGCAACUAACUGAUAUAGUUAAGAAGUCAGAGAUUAAUGACUUCAACAUUCAAGAGGGAGCAUCAAUCAUGGUCAAGCUGAUAGAAGACAUGCCUGCCAUUGUGAAAGCAAUGAACUCUGGCUUUGAGAAGAACUUCAACAAUUGAAAGAACCCUUAUAAUCUCCUAUUUAAUAUCUACUUGGUCAGUGAAUUCUUGAACAGAUUUUAUAAGCAAAAGGAAAUGAUUGUAGACUUCCAAAAAGAAGUAGAUAGAUCUUUGCUACAGUGGAUCCAAGGGAUCUGCUCAAAAUGCAGUGAAUACAGCCCGUUAAAUAUGAGAGUCCUAGAAGAACUCUACCAAGUCAUCAAAGUUUGGAUACAAACAUUGGAAAUGGGAUUUCCUUAUUUUGAUGCAGUUAUGCUACAUAACUUUAGAUCUCAAGUUUAUGAUAAGCUUUACUGCUUUAAGUUUACUUCAAAAAUGUUGCAGGAUGGGGCUGAGCCUCAGGUAUAUCCUCAUCCUCGUGAUAUGAAAAUUUGUGACCAGCAAGAACCAUGGACGAUGUUCCCUGUGCAAAGAUACAAUGAUGACUACUAUGAUAUCAUGCUGCAAAAUGAAGAAUUAUUUCACUUAUCGGAUACUUCUACUAAAAUUGAUUCUAAAUCAGAUAGCCUGAACACUAAGGUGAGAAAUCUAGAGAGGACUGAUCUUAGUCACCUCUCUCCACAAGAGCUCAAAGAAAUGGCGUCUUCCUUAUCUGAGAUGGAAACUGAGAAUGCUGAGCUUUUAGAAGACACCAUGAAGACAGAGAUAAUCAUGAGAAAUCUUCUUGAAACAUUUAAGGCUGAUAUGGAACUAGAUGAGGAUAGAGAGGAGUCAGUUAUCACUUUUAAAAAAGAGCUGGAUGACAAGGAACAAUAAUGUAGAUUACUCUUUCAAUUUCUC